CUCUCCAGCAAGUAAUCCACUUCCUUAACAAAACGACGCCGCAGCACCUCAGAUCUACUCUCUCCCCAAAACGCUGCGUUUCGAUGGCCCAUUAGUAUCACCACACUUCCUUCCCCCAAAUCAAGACAUGGAGUCGGAACUCAAAGACCUCAAUUCCCAACCGGCAUCCAAGCCCGCCUCCCACGGCGGCGGAUCGUCGGCCAAGGACGACCGCCCGCUCCUCAAACCCGACCCGGCCCCGUCGGUCUCCGCCGAGGAGCUCCAGGAGCUCGAGAAGAAAUGCGCCGCCUACGUCCGCAGCGACGCCUACGGCACCAUGGGACGCGGCGACUUGCCGCUCAAGGAGAAGCUCCUCCUCGGCGUUGCUCUCGUCACUCUCGUCCCCAUACGCGUCGUCCUCAGCAUGACGCUCCUCCUCUUCUACUACUUGAUUUGCAGGAUUUGCACGCUCGGAUUGUCGCCGAAUCGAGACGAGGACGAGCAGGAGGACUAUGCGCACAUGGGAGGCUGGAGAAGAGCCGUGAUUGUCUGGUGCGGCCGAUCCUUGUCCAGAGUCAUGCUCUCUGUGCUAGGGUUUUAUUGGAUCAGCGAAACCUAUAGGAUACCUGAUGCUGCUCAACAAUCCAAGCCUGAGGGGAAAGAGGAGAGUGCAGAGGAGGCUGAGAAGCCUGGGGCUAUUAUAUCUAACCAUGUAUCGUAUUUGGAUAUCUUGUAUCACAUGUCCUCGUCCUUUCCAAGCUUUGUUGCCAAGAGAUCGGUGGCGAAACUUCCUCUAGUUGGCCUCAUCAGCAAGUGCCUCGGUUGUGUCUAUGUUCAGCGGGAGUCAAAAUCAUCCGACUUCAAGGGUGUUGCAGGUGUUGUGACAGAUAGAGUUCAAGAAGCACAUCAGAAUAAAUCUGCACCACAAAUUAUGCUUUUCCCAGAAGGUACUACUACAAAUGGGGACUUCCUUCUGCCAUUCAAGACGGGCGCAUUUUUGGCUAAAGCUCCAGUGCUUCCAGUGAUUCUUAGAUAUCCUUACCAGAGAUUUAGUCCUGCCUGGGACUCGAUAUCUGGGGUGAGACAUGUGAUAUAUCUUCUCUGUCAAUUUGUAAAUCACAUAGAGGUCACAAGGUUACCUGUUUAUUACCCUUCACAAGAAGAAAAGGAUGACCCAAAACUCUACGCUGAUAAUGUCAGAAGACUGAUGGCCAGUGAGGGUGGCAUGACUCUGGCAGAUAUCGGGCUUGCUGAGAAGCGUGUAUAUCAUGCUGCGCUUAAUGGUAAUAAUAGCCAUCCUAGUGUUUUGCAUCAGAAAGACGAUUGAUAAAUUUCAUGGCCUCGCUCCCAAAUGAUAUCUAGUGGCAGUUGAGUUUCUUAGUUUUUGUCGGUAUUUGUUCAUAAUUGCACAGCCACAGUAAGGGGUGGCAAAAAUCAUUAUUAACUUGUAAUGAUGUGCCAUUACUGAAAGAAAGCCUAUGGUGUGCCAUUAUCAACUUGUAAUCCCAUACCUAUGGGAACUGACGUAUCCUAUCUGAGUAUACUGAAUAUGGUGUUGGCCUGGUGUCUGAGUCAUUACUUUGUUCAAUGCAUUUGUAGCCCAUUUCC